GCCCUGCAGAGCCUAGAAUGGGAGAAGAGUGCAACGCCUGAGUAGUGCCGCCGCCCACUCUGCGCUCCUCUCGGCGCCUCGCCCUCCAGCCCGCCUGCCCAGCCGCUUGCUCGCCGCCCAGAACACCUUCCACCAUGGCCACUUCAGCAAGCUCCCAGUUAAACAAAGGCAUCAAGCAGGUGUAUAUGUCCCUGCCUCAGGGUGAAAAGGUCCAAGCUAUGUACAUCUGGAUCGAUGGUACUGGAGAAGGCCUGCGCUGUAAGACCCGGACCCUGGACAGUGAGCCCAAGUGUAUAGAAGAAUUGCCUGAGUGGAAUUUUGAUGGCUCUAGUACCUUCCAGUCUGAAGGUUCCAACAGUGACAUGUAUCUUGUCCCUGCUGCCAUGUUUCGGGACCCUUUCCGCAAGGACCCCAACAAACUGGUGUUUUGUGAAGUCUUCAAGUACAACCGAAAGCCAGCAGAGACCAAUUUAAGGCACACCUGCAAACGGAUAAUGGACAUGGUGAGCAACCAGCACCCCUGGUUUGGAAUGGAGCAGGAAUACACUCUCAUGGGCACAGAUGGCCACCCAUUUGGCUGGCCCUCCAACGGCUUCCCUGGGCCGCAAGGUCCCUACUACUGCGGCGUGGGCUCGGACAGAGCCUACGGCAGGGAUAUCGUCGAGGCUCAUUACCGGGCCUGCUUAUACGCCGGCAUCAAGAUCGGGGGCACAAAUGCUGAGGUCAUGCCUUCCCAGUGGGAGUUCCAGAUAGGACCCUGUGAAGGGAUCGAAAUGGGAGAUCAGCUCUGGGUGGCCCGUUUCAUCUUGCAUCGUGUCUGUGAAGAUUUCGGGGUGAUUGCAACCUUUGACCCUAAGCCCAUUCCCGGGAACUGGAAUGGUGCCGGCUGCCACACCAACUUCAGCACCAAGGCCAUGCGGGAGGAAAACGGCCUGAAGUUCAUCGAGGAGGCCAUCGACAGGCUGAGCAAACGGCACCAGUACCACAUCCGUGCCUACGAUCCCAAGGGGGGCCUGGACAAUGCCCGGCGGCUGACUGGAUUCCACGAAACCUCCAACAUCCACGACUUUUCUGCCGGCGUGGCCAACCGCGGCGCCAGCAUCCGCAUCCCCCGGACUGUCGGCCAGGAGAAGAAGGGCUACUUCGAAGACCGCCGCCCCUCUGCCAACUGUGACCCCUUCUCGGUGACAGAAGCCCUCAUCCGUACAUGUCUUCUCAACGAAACUGGCGAUGAGCCCUUCCAGUAUAAAAACUAAGUGGACUGGACGUGCAGCCGUGAAAUCCCUAAUACUGCACCUCCUCUGCCACCCCUCUUUUGUCCUAAUAGCUGUAACACAAAGGGCGGAAUAUCAAGGUGAUCUUGUCAUUCCUCACGCCCAGUUAAUAUCUCUUGCUUUCUUUGGCCAGGAUAGAGGGGUCACGUUCUUAAUCUCUUCAUACCCACUCAACCCUCCUGCCCCUGUUUUCCCUUUCACCGAAGCUUUAGUUAGUGGGGAGGGGGGUGGGAAACAUAACCACUGCUUCCAUUUAAUCAGGUGUGUGUGUCCAGUAGGCGUAGCUGUGCAGACAGAGGACAUAGUGUUUGUGAAAGGAGGGGAAGACUGUUUUUCCUCCAAGGUAGCUGAGUGUGGGGAGAGCGGACCACUGACUGCAUCUGGUCAGGUUAGCCUCAACCCCUCUUGGGAGGAGCUUGGGAAAUUCCCUUUCUUCCAAGGUUAUAACCAGCCUGCUAUUGAAAACAAGAAUGAGGAGAAGAGCAAAGGGGUGGGAGUCUAGAAAAGGUCCUCCCACCUGCUCCUGGGAGGCACCUUCAGGCCAGAACACAGCUCAGCAUAGAUGAUGGAUAGACCUACCUUAGACGGAAAAGUUCUUAACUGCUUGGUCCUCCAUUUAUAACACAAAGCAGAGUAGUAUUUUUAUAUUUAAAUGUAAAAACAAACAAAAAAAUUAUAUAUAUAUGGGUGUGUGGAUAUGUGUGUUUUUUUUUUCUAAAGGAGAAAAACCAUCUGGUCUCCAGGGGCCAAAUGUGAGGGGUGUGGUCUUGUUGGACAGGAGGGUCUCCUGGUUGGGAUUGUGGGGGGUAAAAAUUGACUGUCUAGGGCUGUUAGCAACCCCCGCCCACAAUUGCUUCCAAGGUGUCUGGCCAUAUCCACCCUCCUGAAGAGGUGGACACAGGCCAAGUAACUGGGGAAGCAGGUCCCGGCAGUCAGUCACGUGGGCCGUACAUUGGUCUCAAACACACAUGGACUUGAACACACGAGUUUAAAGAUCUGAGUUGGCUGGUCAACUUGAGCAUGUUGCUGACAAAGGGUUUGGGGGUUAUUUUUCUGGUGGGACUAGCAUGUCACUAAAGCAGGCCUUUUGAUACAUUAAAUUUUUUUUAAAAGCAAAACAAGGUUAGAAUUUACUCCUAUUUGUAGGGUUUCUAAGUCUUUGUUUUACAGAAUUGCUUCUUUGCUUAACUCGCAUCCCUGCUCUUGGGAGAAGCAGGGGGCAGGACUAGAGUCAGAACACUUCUAAUUUUGUAUCCUGGUGUCUGUUCUCUGAGUGUGAAAUACUUUGUUAAGAUUCCUUAGAAAUUAUUUUCCCUUUAAUAAAAAUCAGGCCCCACCUCACCCUAAUUUUUCCUUACUGCUCGGGGGCUGUCUUUCUGCUGUCUGUGGCCAGCCAGGUGCAGUUCCUCUUGCCAGGAUUCCUGAUGCCUUGUACAAUGUGUUCAGAGUUACCUACUCGGUGUAAACAAACUAUGUUAACAACCCAGAGCUGCUCAUAUAAAUCAAUCUAACAUUUCUAAGAUUUCUUCUGACUUGAUUCUUUGUGAUUCUUUUAAAUCUCAAGUGCCAUUUUAUUCCUUUCAUGUCAAAAAAAGGUAUUUUUUAAAAAGCAACAAAGCUUUAUCUGUUACUGGGAUUUGUAAAAUCUUGAACUAUAUUGCCUACUGGCUCUUCUAUGGAUGUGGGUAUUUGGGAUUCCUAGAUUAAGGCGUAAACCAGCUGCUGUAUUAGGUUGUAAAUACAAACUCCAAGCUUCUCUCA